AUGCAGCUCCUACCGACACUAUGCGUCUUCUUCUUGCAGCUGCUUCGAGGAAGCGCCUCUGCCUCUCCUGCUCCUGCUUUGGCUCACCACGUGGCGGCACCUCAUUGGCUCCCCGCCACCGCCACCUGGUACGGAAGUCCCGAGGGAGACGGCAGCAGCGGAGGAGCGUGCGGGUACGGGUCGCUGGUGGACGUGAAGCCGUUCAAGGCUCGGGUCGGAGCGGUGAGUCCGGUGCUGUUCAAGAGCGGUGAAGGCUGCGGCGCUUGCUACAAGGUGAGGUGCCUGGACAAGAGCAUCUGCUCCAAGAGAGCCGUCACCAUCAUCGUCACCGACCAGUCGCCGUCUGGACCAUCUGCUCGAGCCAACCACACUCACUUCGAUCUCAGCGGCGCCGCAUUUGGCCAUUUGGCUAUUCCCGGCCAUUCCACAAUCAUCCGCAACCGCGGCCUCCUUUCGCUCCUCUACCUCCGAACAGCAUGCAAAUACAAAGGGAAGAACAUAGCGUUCCAUGUGAACGCAGGAUCAACUGAUUAUUGGAUAUCUCUUCUCAUUGAGUUUGAAGACGGAGAAGGAGACAUUGGCUCUAUGCACAUUCGUCAAGCGGGGUCCAAGGAGUGGAUAGCGAUGAAGCAUAUAUGGGGAGCAAACUGGUGCGUCACCAGAGGACCACUCAAGGGACCAUUCUCGGUCAAGCUCACCACUUUGUCCAACAACAAAACCCUCUCCGCCACUGACGUCAUCCCCCAAAAAUGGGUUCCCAAAGCUACUUACACCUCCCGCCUCAACUUCUCCCCUGUCCUCUCUAACCACAACUAA